AUGGCCCCUUCUGUGGCACAAGAGCUGGCGGAAGCUACGUCGAACGGGAGUAGUGCCAACGGUGUAGUUGUCAAGCCCCAAUUAACACUGACCGGUAAAGUGAUUGCUGCUGACUACGUACAACAAGUGACCGGAGGGAACCGCGGAAUCGGCCUAGGCGUUGCAGAAUGCUGCUUGAUCAACGAUGCCGCGAAAGUCUACUCGAUCGAUCUAGCAGAGCCCGGCGACGAGUUCGCAGCCAUACUCAAGAAGUUUCCGGGGCGUAUUGUUGCCAUCCAAGCAAACGUCACUGAUGAGGACAGCAUCGCGGCUGCUGUAGACAAAAUUGUCGAGGAGUCUGGUGCCAUUCACGGCAUCGUGGUAAAUGCCGGAUGGACAAACCAUAAGGCAGCGCUAGAUUUCACGAAAAAGGAGAUCGAGGAUCUCUUUAAUGUCAAUUCUGUCUCCAAAUGGGGAUGGCCACGAGCUGACAACGGAAAGCUGUUCGGCUCUUUCUACACGGCGCGAGUAGCCGCCAAAGCGUUCAUCAAGUUAGGAAUCAAAGGAUCCGUCGUCUUUACCGCUUCAAUGGCAUCUUAUCGACCAAACAAGAUCGUGCCGUCGACACCAUACGGAGCCUCGAAAGCCGGUGUUCGCAACAUGACACACACGCUCGCCAUGGAGUGGGCAAAGUACGGUAUCCGCGUCAACAGCGUCUCCCCGGGCCUCGUAAGGACCGCCAUGACAUAUUGGGUCGAUCAACAGCCAGACUGGGAGCAGCAGCUGAAGUACUACGGGGGUAUCCCUCGUCUUGCUGAAGUACAGGAGUUGGGUGGCGCGUAUGUUUAUCUUCUGAGUGAUGCCGCUAGCUACACCACAUCGAUAGAUAUCCCCGUCAACGGUGUUAUUGGAAACCAAAUAGAAAAAGACCGAAUGAAUCUUCCCCAAUUCCUCAUCUCUCGGGAUACUGUAGUUGCGUGA